AUGUACCCGGACCUCCAUGACCGCGUCAUCGAAUCCCUUUCCUCCAUAUCGCCCCCCAUUUUGCCGAAAUGGGACUUCCACCCCGAAGACACUGACGCCGGGACCAAGCAAGAUUACGACACCCGCAUCAUGGGCGAUUUCACGUGCCCCAACAAAGCCUGCAAAAAGCACGGUUGGGGAAGCAAAAAGAUAGCAAUUGUCAUUCGAGAAUACCCCGGCCGCUGGUACAAUGCCGUGGUGUAUGGGCAGCGGUGCAAAUCGUGUGAUACACUGGGAAUUAUUAGGCUGGAUGAGCAGAGCUAUGUGGAGAGGGUGGUGUAUCGGUUGAAAAAAUGGUCGGGGAUGAAAAUGGGGGGGGAAGGUUUUAGGCGACAGAAGGGGCCGGACCAUGAACACGAGUUUUGUGAGGGAUGUAAGGCGGGGAGAUGUAGCUGGGGCAAUGAUAUGGAUUAA